CUCCCUGUGGUGUCCCUCACGCCCCUCCUUCCUUUCCAUGCAGCCGGGCAAGUUGGAGGCAGCGGCGCAGCUAUGGCCGGGGUGCUCUCCUACGAGAGCUUGGUCCACGCCGUGGCUGGAGCGGUGGGUAGCAUGACUGCAAUGACUGUGUUUUUUCCUCUGGAUACUGCUAGACUAAGGCUUCAAGUUGAUGAAAAACGCAAAUCUAAAACGACACACACAGUUCUGUUGGAGAUAAUAAAAGAAGAAGGCCUCUUGGCACCAUAUCGAGGGUGGUUCCCUGUCAUCUCCAGCCUUUGUUGUUCCAACUUUGUCUAUUUCUAUACAUUUAACAGCUUAAAAGCUGUAUGGGUCAAAGGCCAUCAUUCAACCACAGGAAAAGACUUGAUUCUUGGGGUGGUUGCAGGUGUUGUGAAUGUAUUAUUGACUACUCCACUCUGGGUUGUGAACACUCGUCUGAAACUCCAAGGGGCAAAAUUUAGAAAUGAAGACAUUAUACCUACCAAUUACAAAGGCAUUGCAGAUGCCUUUCAUCAGAUAAUAAGAGAUGAAGGAGUCCUGGCAUUGUGGAAUGGUACUUUUCCUUCACUGCUGUUAGUGUUCAACCCUGCCAUACAAUUCAUGUUCUAUGAAGGGCUUAAGCGGAAGAUUUUGAAGAGGCAACUGCAGCUUUCCUCACUGGAUGCAUUCGUCAUUGGAGCAAUAGCCAAAGCAGUUGCCACUACCCUCACUUACCCUAUGCAGACAGUACAGUCGAUUUUACGGUUUGGACAUCAUCGACUGAAUCCUGAAAAUAGGAGGCUGGGUAGUCUGAAAAAUGUUCUCUACCUUCUGCGACAGAGGAUAAAGCGUUUUGGAUUAGUAGGGCUCUAUAAAGGGCUUGAAGCAAAGCUGCUCCAAACAGUUCUGACUGCUGCACUGAUGUUCCUAGUCUACGAAAAGAUUACUGCUGCUACCUUCACUAUCAUGGGCCUAAGGCGUUCACUGAAGAACUGAAGCUUGUGACUCUUUUCACCACAUAUUUAAGUUUACGGAAAGAAAACAACUUCUGGAGAAUCGGAAAACAUGUGCUUGGGAAUAAUUAGGUGCCAUAGAAUAUUUUCUCUAAAAGAGACUCAAGAAUACUGUUUCACUGUCAAAUGUUCAGUGAAUUCUUCAGCAUGCAUCUGAAAGAAAACUUGAAUAUCUGCUGCCCAGUCCCUUGGAGAAAAAAAGGAAGAUAUAGUUCAAUACUUAGAGGAAAAUCCUUUGAAGGAUUCAUUUUCUUUCUUUAUGGGAAUAAGGGUAUUCCUCAUUAUGUUUAUUUUUUCCUGGAUUUAAAAAUAUUCUAUUAUUCAUUCUCCCUUUGCAUUCACACUGUUUUUUUCUGGGAUUUGAUAUUGUUUAAUCUCCUUAAUGACUGGUCCAUUAAAAGGCUUAAUAGAGAA